AGCAUUUCUUGGAGCCAGGAGUCAGGGAGAGUCUUACAGAGCCUGCCUGGGAGACACAGCACACUUAAUCCAGCUGCCUGGGAGGGAGAUCUCAACAAUCUAGGGGAAGGAGCCUGCAAUUUUCAGCCCUUCAAGUUGAUUCACACUUCCCCACGUUACCAACCACACACACAGGCUUUUCCUCAGGCACACCACACCAUGGCAGGUGGCCUCUGCCCAGAUCAGUAGCUGUGGUAGGAGCCAUCUUAACUGACUCACUGAGGUUUGAGCUGAGGUUUGGAUCCUCCCUGACCGUUGGAGCGUGAGCAGAGUUUGGAGCUGGAGCUUCACUUUCUUCCCCAGUGCAGAGAGACGGCACGCCAGGCACGAGGCUCCCACUCCUCCCCUCUCCCACUCUGCCUUUUCCUGGGCUCCUGUCCAGAGAAUGACUGGCUCCAGUGGACCCAAGAGGAGGAACGCAGCCUGAGGAUACAGUACAGCAGCUUCUGCCCUGCCUGCCUGCCUGCCUGCCUGCCUGCUUCCCUGCCUGCUGGGACAGACAAAUGCAUUGAGGUUUUACAAAUCAGCAGCUCUUUCACCUUUGUGGGAUUCAUUUUUUUCUGUCAUCAGAUCAGAAAGACUGGAUCUGAGCUGAGCAUACAGACAGACAAACAAACAGACGGACUGACAUAUGGACAGAGAGAGCAGUGGGCACUGCGGCGUGAAUGUAGCAACUGGACUUCUCUUCUCCCUGGUUACUAAGACCAAACAAGGAUAAUAGCCAGAGCACUAUCCUGUCCACCGAGGUAGUGGGUGGAUGCAGCUUUCAGCAGACUGCUAUAGGGGCAGUGACUGUAUAGAAGAUGCAGGGAUACAUCUAGUUGAUUCACAUUGUGUUGAUCAUCAGAAAAAGGACUGUUGCUUCCAAGUAGACUUUGUUACAUUGCUAUCUGUUCUAUCGUUUGCAGCAACUUGCAGGGCAGAAAACUGUCUUUCUUUUCAUGGACUUUGCUGUCCAUGUUAAGUGGAUUUCUUCCAGUAUUUCUGUGUAGAUGAACGUGGAGCGUGUGUCUCAAUUAGAAUGGCACAAUGCAUAAGGACUGUGUAUCCGACACUGAUGCUGCUGUAUCUUGUUCUGCUGGGCAUAGCUCACAGCAUCUACCCGCGGAUACGGCUCUCCCACAAAGAGCUUUGGAAGCUGAACAGGACCUGGGUGUUCCAGGGAGAUGGAGCGUCUCUUCAGCCCCAGACUAUGCUUCUGGAUGAGGGCCACGAGAGGCUUUAUGUUGGGGCCAAGAAUACUCUGUUCUCCCUUAGCUUGGACCGGGUUAACACGCACCAGAGAGAGAUACCGUGGGCCAGUACAGAAUCUCAGAUAGAGGAGUGUUUGAUGAAGGGGAGGGAAAAGCCGGAGUGUGCAAACUACAUCAAAGUCCUGCAACAGUACAACCAGACCCAUUUGCUGGUUUGUGGAACUGGAGCCUUCAAUCCUAUCUGUGCCCUGGUCAGAGUGGGACACACAGGGCAGGACAAGCAGUUUGCUCUUGAAGGAGACAGUAUAAUGAGUGGCAGAGGACGCUGUCCAUACGACCCCAACAGUCCCUGCACGUCAACGCUCUCCAGAGGAGAGCUGUAUAUUGGCCUGUACACUGACUACUGGGAGAACGAUGGUGCUUUGUGUCGACUUAACAACCAGACCUACACACGCACUGAAAGAGACGACCGGCAGCAACUCAACGAACCUAAAUUUGUGGGGUCAGCAGUUAUUCCUGACAACGAUGACAAGGAUGAUGAUAAGGUUUACUUCUUCUUCACUGAGAGGGAGAUGGAUGCUGAGGGAGGGAACAAGGCUGUAUAUACUCGCGUUGGGCGAGUCUGUGCGAAUGACCAAGGAGGACAGAGAAUGUUGGUGAAUAGAUGGAGCUCUUUCCUGAAAACUCGUCUUAUCUGCUCUGUUGCUGGACCAAAUGGCAUUGAUACACAUUUCGAUGAACUCGAGGAUGUGUUUGUGCUCAAGAAUAAGGAUGGGAAAAAUCCAGAAAUCUUUGGCCUCUUUAGCACAACAAGCACGGUUUUUAAAGGCUAUGCAGUGUGUGUCUAUCACAUGGAUGAUAUCAGAGCAGCCUUUAAUGGUCCAUUUGCCUACCGAGAGAGACCCGAGCAUCAUUGGACACCUUAUGAGGACAGAAUCCCCUACCCUCGACCUGGAUCUUGUGCCAGUAAAGUGAAUGGAGGUGGCUUCUCCAGCUCUAAGGAGUUUCCGGACGAGGUUUUGCGGUUUGUGCGUUCUCAUCCUGUGAUGUAUCGCCCAGUACUUCCUCAGCACCGUAGACCCGUCCUGCUGCAGACUGAGCCAGGCAGGAGAAAGCUGACCCAGAUCGCUGUGGACAGAGUCCAAGCACAGGAUGGACACUACCAUGUUCUCUAUAUUGGCACUGAUGAUUCUGUGGUAUUGAAAGUCAUCACCAUCUACAACAAAGACACAGACACUAUGGAGGAGGUGCUGCUGGAAGAGCUGCAAGUAUUCAAGGUGCCAGCACCAAUAAGAGAAAUCAUAAUAUCAUCUAAAAGGCAACAGCUAUAUGUGGGGUCAGAAGUGGGUGUGGCCCAGGUCAGACUACAUCAGUGUGACCUCUAUGGGUCAGAAUGUGCUGAUUGUUGUUUGGCCAGAGACCCUUACUGUGCCUGGGAUGGUCUCACCUGCUCCAGAUUUUACCCUGCUGGCAUCUAUACCAAGAGCAGACGAUUCAGGCGGCAGGAUGUUCGCCAUGGCAACGCCGUCCAGCUGUGCAAUGGGCUGCAAAUUGAUGAUGAACAAUGGCACAAAGCUGAGGAGAGGCUGGUGUAUGGAGUGGAGAGCAACAGCACUUUACUUGAGUGUGUCCCUCGAUCGCUUCAAGCAAAGGUCCUCUGGUUCUUGCAGAAAGGAGGAGUGAAACACGAGGUUCGAGGUGAUGAGCGGGUUAUCAUAACCUCCCAUGGGCUGCUGUUUUUACGAGUGAGGAGUUCCGACACUGGUUUGUACGUGUGCCAGACUGUGGAACAUGGAUACGUGCACACAUUAUCGCGUACCUCUCUACACGUGCUUAGAGGGGAGAGGGUGGAGUCAGCGAUCCACAGGGCUAAUGAUGGGGAGGGAGAAAAAGCUACGGCUUCUUGCCACUCCUCCAUAGGGCUCCAACCGGGCCCCAGCAUCAGCCCGAGGGCUCUGGUGCCAUCCUCAGUCCCAGGCCCCAACUCCAGGCUGUGGUACAAGGAGUUUCUCCAGCUGAUUGGCUACGGGGAUGCCCAGAGAGUAGAAGAGUACUGUGAGAGAGUGUGGUGCUCAGAUAAAAAACGAAAAAAGACAAGAAGGAAGUAUGUUCCUCCGGGUGGCGAGAAGAGAGGGAAAGGGAGAGCAGAGGAGAACUCCCACCGAGCGCCCAGGCACACCUUGGACACCUGAGGAGAACAGGGACUGACUGUACAUGCACACACCCAUACACACACGCACACACACACAGACACACACACACACACACACACACACACACACACACACACACACACACAGUCUAAAGGUCACACUCACUCAGUGUUUGCACCAUGUAAAAGGUUUUCACUUUGCUUUCAACAAGAGCAGUAACUGAAAAACAAAAGUAGCAGGUUGCUUAGCUUUUGUAGCUACAUUUAUCACUCAGUGGCUUGACUGUGAUGUUUCCAAUUAUUCUAAAAAGCAAUUUCUUUCCUUUUUGUGUGGUGUAAACUGAUUAUCCAGUGCAGACCUUGGGUAAAUACUAUGAAUGUCAGUGUCAGCACAGAGCAGAGGCCCUGGGAGGAGAUGGAUGACUGAUUAAGCGACAUUGCCUCUGAUCUGAAGACACAGAAUAUAAUAUAUCAGCUGCUGUGGACUGACCUAGCCCAACCCAGCUGUCAAUCCACACAGAGAAUCCUCUCAUUCAAUGGCUUAAUAUGAAAAACUCUUACUGUAUCUACUAUGAGAGAACAACUAUGUUAAAGGUAAUGGCCUUCUAAUCUUUUUUGGUACUAUAGUAACUUAUUUUCUUGGUCUCUACUUUGAGUUCUGUAGUUGUUUAGAUGUCGUAAACUGGAAAAUAUAGUGGUGUUGUUUUUGUACAGUGAAAAAUGCUUGGAGCUUUACAAUACUGCUAAUUUGAAUAUAAUGUGGUCAUGGCUGUGGUGUGUUUGGUUACAAUGGCCACAAUGCAUACAGUAAGAUACUGCAAUGCCACUAUUUAUGGAUAAUUGAGGCAUGUUUUAAUUAUAAUUAUGCUCUCAAUGGAAGUAAUUAAGCACUUGUAAAAACUGUUACAAUAGAUUAAAAGUGGUAUUAUCAUUAUUAUAAUUAUGAUGAUGAUUAUUAUUAUUAUUAUUAUUAUUAUUAUUUAUUAUUAAGUGUCUACCUACACAUCUAAAAUUGUGAUCAAAUGUAUCAACAGUAUUGUGUGUAUUGCAUAUUUUAUUUAUCUAAAAAAAAAUCAGGGUGGCCUUUGCGUGCACAUCUGGUAACUGUAUUCAAAAAGUCAGUCCUUCCUCUUUCCCUUUCUCUCCCUCCAUUACUUGCUCUCCCUUCCUCCCUUUUUGACCCCCCCUCCACCGCCCCUUUUGUUUAUCUGUAAUGAUGUUGCAGAUGGGAUUCAUAAUUACCACCACAAACAGAAAUGUAGUACACCACAAUUUGCUCAGAAGAAAAGAAAGACAAAUAAAUGUUAGGGUGUCCAUCCAAGCGUGUCAACAAAACUGAUGAGUCAGCUUCAUGAAUAUUCAGUUAAUUCUGAGAUGACAGUAACAUCAAACAAUCAGAUUUUACAAUGAAAUGCAUUGUAGUGGUUGUGCUAAAAAUAGAGCCUGGAGGAUCUCUCAUUUUUCCAUGUCGUGCAUUUAUGUCUUAAUUCUCUCACUUUAUAGUUUUGACCUUGUUGUCUUUACUGUAUUCAUAAUGUGGUAGAAAAUCACUUGGUCUCUGUCAAGGCUUUAUAUCGUCACUCAUCAUUCUCCUUGAAUAUUCUUAAACUAAGACUUAGAUUUAAAAUACUGUGUGUGCUUAUACCCCUUAUAAAUACCAGCCAUUAAAAAAAAGAUGGACCUUC